AUGUCAUCGGAUUACAUUGAUGAAUGUGGCUCGCUACCGUGUCGACCCAAUGGUAAAUGCAUUGAUGGAGUCAACUCGUACACUUGUCAAUGUAAUGCUGGUUACAAGGGCAAACACUGCGAAACAAAAACGGACAAGUGUACACCGAACCCGUGCAAGAACAACGGCAAAUGUAUGCUUGAUGCAGUUGAAGAUGAGAGCCAAGAAUUACAGAUGAAUGAUCAAGCUGACUCCUCCUUCGUCUGCAUCUGUCCCCCAGGAUACACCGGACGGCUUUGUGAAAUAGUUGUGAAUCCGUGCAAUGCUCGGCCUUGCCGUAAUGGAGGAGCGUGUAUGAAGAGCGUUAUUGAAGAUGAAAGCGUGUAUCAGGAUUGGCAGUCUGGGAAUUCAUAUGUUUGUGUAUGCAAAGAAGGCUUCACUGGAAAAAACUGCGAAAUAGAUGUCGAUGACUGUGUUGGCAAUGGCUGUCAGAAUGGCGCGAAAUGUAUUGAUGGACAAAACUCCUACCAAUGUCAGUGCCUGGCUGGGUACACUGGAAAACUUUGUGAACAUGGUACACGAGUGUUAUUUUUACGUAACUACUUUGAUAAAUAG